AGUGUGCAAAUACCAUUUCUGGCCUCUCCGCCUGUCGAUGGCGUCGAUUAUGGAUGGACAUUCAAGUGAUGGGAAGGAAGCAUCUCCCGCCGAAACUUGUUGGUCUCCGGAGAUUCAAAUCAAUUGGAUGGAGGUUCAAGAUUCAAUGAAGAGAAGACUAAUCACAGAAGAUGAUUUCACAUGGAAAUUGCCGAACAAUGAAGAGAAGACUGAUCAAUUGGUCUCCGGUGUUGUGUUAUUGAAAUAUGUGGGUGGAGUUGAUAUUAGCUUCUCAAAGGAUGAUCCGUCUGUUGCUUGUGGUGCACUUGUGGUUGUGGAUCUCCACACCCUCGAAGUUGUAUAUGAUGAUUACUCCGUUUCCAGGCUCAACAUCCCUUAUAUUCCUGGAUUUCUUGCCUUCAGAGAGGCCCCAAUUCUUCUAGAGCUUUUGGAGAAAAUGAAGAAUUGUGCUCAUCCUUUUUAUCCCCAGCUUUUGCUAAUUUGCUAUACACAAUCAUUGACAAGUCAUCAGUCUGAGACUGAGCCACAAGUUUCUUGUGAAUGUUACCAGUUGCUGAUGGUUGAUGGCAAUGGAUUACUUCAUCCUCGAGGCUUUGGAUUGGCUUGUCAUCUAGGUGUUUUGGUCAAUCUUCCAACUAUUGGAAUAGGAAAGAAUUUGCAUCAUGUUGAUGGUCUUACCCAAUCUAGAGUGCGACAGCUCCUUGAGACCAAAGGUAACUCUCCUGAAGAUACUGUCACUUUAAGAGGUGACUCUGGCUGCAUAUGGGGAACAGCAGAGCGAUCUACUAGUGGCUCAUCUAAGCCAAUAUUCAUUUCAAUUGGUCACCGUGUCUCUCUUGCUACAGCUGUGAAAAUUGUUAAAAUGACAUGCAAAUACCGUGUGCCAGAGGCUAUUAGGCAGGCUGACAUAAGAUCUCGAGAGUACCUUCGGAAGCAUCAACAGUCAAGUAGCAAGUGUAUCUCAGAUUCUGCAGUACCCUGAAGGUGGCAAUGAGAUAGGAAGAGGUGGAAGCCCUUUUGAUUGUACAUUCUUAUUCACACGUUCUUAUCUCAGAGGAAGAAUUGUCAAGUCUCAGAGCCUAUAGUUUCAAGCUGUUAAUUCAUGCUUCAAUUCAUUGAGAUCUACAAGCACCUAGGAAGCAGUAGUCUUGCAAUUUACGAUAUUUUCAUCCUUCACUAUGUAUAAAAGUGUUGAUUUCUAUUCAUUAAGAGUUUGCUCAGUUCAUGAGAAGAACGUAUGGGUAGUUCUCUAAGAAGCAUGACGCUGAUAUUUGACUUUUGUCAUCUCUUUCAAGUUCUUGACUGUUAGUGUAGGUGCUCUAGACCCAAUCAGAUUGGGCAUGUUAUACACUGACAAUUGUAAUCAUGUUUAUUAUUUGAAUAAGGAGUUGUUCAAAUUCACAAGAAGUCAUUCUAUUAGUUUCUUGUUAUUAUUGUAAUAACCAAAUGAAACUAGAUAGAAGUCCAUAUGAUGUAUACUGUGAUUAAUCUAUAAAGAUGUGAGAUGAUGCAUCACAGUUUCUAGACAUCAUUAAACGUCCCAAGUCGUAGCAAUGUCAAGAAUGGACAUUGACAAUUGCGGUAAGACUUGUAUGUGCUAUGUUUUUGCUAUGUGAUAGCAAUGGGGGUCUCACACCCAUAGGCAUGGGGAUGCCUAGACAAGUACAUAGGUGACCAAUGUUGGAGAACGUGUCACUGGACAUGACUCGCCAUGAGACUAUUUUGGUUAUAUGUUGAUGGAAUUCUUAUACGAAAUGGGUGUAACUAAUCCUUGGACCUGAAGUUGUCACGGUCAUCUCAUAAGAAGACCGAUAUGCUUUGACAUCGUUUCGAUGGGCCUAGAUAAAGGCUGCACGUGGGCGAUCGUUGGGCAUAUCGUGAGGCUUAUGGAGAUGGGUGCAUAACCAAGAUGGGACUCGUCUAUCCCUUGAUAGAGGAUGAUGUAUCUAAGGCGCCUUCGGUGGAUAUUCACUUUAAAUCCAUGGCCAUGGUAAAAGAGCUCAAUAAGGAGUUAUUGAUUUACUUUCUAUUAAGUGAAGAUAUCCAGAAGACCGAAGAAAACUCAUGUGAUCGUUAUCAAGCAACACAUCGCCAUACUUGAGAUCACAUAAGAUACAUUGACGAGAGGAUCGUAUCACAUGGUAACCAUGCUCGUGAAAGGUUAUUUGCGGAUUAUGAAUCCUUCUGAAUAAUUGGGUAGGCAUGAUGCCUUGCUAGAGGUCAAUCUUGUCUUAUGUGUUUGUACCGACACAUUGCCAAAAUAUUCGGAAGUCUAAUGAGUCAUACGCAAUAGGCAUGGUCCCUGGCUUAAACCAGGAGAAUGGACGUAUGGUUAAGUGGGACACUUCGGCAAGAAGUUUUGCCGUCGUAGGUUCUCACGGAAAAAGAACAAAUAGACGUAAUGACGUCGAUAUGACGAGGAGUCGUCAUAAUGGAAAAAGUUUCCUAAAAAUGGCAAUUAAUUAAAUUAGGAAGGAGUUUCUAAUUUAAUAAUUUUCUAUUUGUUGGAGUGGCAAAUAGGAAAUAAAAUAUAUUUGGGUUUAAAUUAAUAUUUGGACUAAAUUACAUUUGGGCCAAAUAUUAAAUUAAAUAUUAUAUUUGGACUAAAUUAGAUUUGAGUCAAAUAUUAAAAUAAAUAUUAUAUUUAGACUAAAUUAGAUUUGGGCCAAAUAUUAAAUAUUAUAUUUGGACCAAAUUAGAUUUGGGCCAAAUAUUAAAUAAAAUAUAUUUGGGCUUGAAUUAGAUUUGGGCCAUAAUAUUUUAUUUAACCUAUAAAAGGAUUGGGCCAUUUAAUUAUAUUUCUAGUUGGACUAGAAUAAGCCCACUUAAGAUUCUAAUUAAAUUAGAAUUGAUGGGCUAACCCAAUCCAUUAGGGUUUUAGAAACCCUGGGAUAUUUCACUAUAAAUAUCCCUUUAUGGGUUGUCCAAAACAGUAGUGUUUUUGGUGUCGUUUUUCAAGAGUUGAAAAACGUAUUGCCGUUCACUCUUCCCCGUUUCUUUUGGCAUCGAUUUGAAACGUGGGUGUUCUAUUACCGUCCAUACACAAGCCACGCAAAGGAGAAAGAGCUAGCACUCCUAUUUCGCUCUCCUUGCCAACGGACGCGUGCCGCGUAUCACGAGUUAGAGGCCGGACACUUGGACGGCUCGAAUCCGCGAACGACUCGAUAAUCUAAAGGUUAGAUUUAUUUAUUUGUUUGUGAAUGAUUUGAUUUCGACGUUGAUCCAAUUGUCGGGAUCGGAGUAAGUUCAAAUUUUUGAACUACGCUGUAUGCCCCGUAGCGAUCUUGCUUUACUUUCAUUGACUGCUUGUAGAUUUUGUAUAUUUAUCAAAGAUGUCGGUGUGUUAAGCAGUCAAUUAUUGAGAUUGUUAUCCAUAACUUUGUCAGCAAUGCUUUUGUUUUCUCAAAGUCAGAUCUGGUCCCUAGUAAACGUGAAGGAAUGUGGCUUGGCAACUUGAACUGUACACGCUACAUCCCAAUGAUUUUGUUCCGUCUUUUCUUUUUCAUCCUUUAACUGUAGGCAAGAUCAAUUUCAAUUUACUAAUUGAUAUUGUAAUAGCUGAACCUUUGAUUGGUCAUCUUAGUAGGGUAAUUCU